AUGGAUAUCAGAGAUCUUUUGGUUCGGCAUGAAAAGCUUGUCCAUCUCAAUGAGAACAGUCGAGAUGCAGGAAGAACUCGAAAAGCUUCUUCUGUCAGCGGCCCCUCUGGAUCUUCCGGCAGCAGCAAUACAGAGGUAGCUGUUGGGCUCCAAAAUCGGUCUCAGCAGUCCGGAUUCAGCGACCCUGCUUCGUCUUCAAUAUCUCCGCCCCAUGCCGCCUCUGCACUGCUGUCGCACUCUUCCUCAGCCGACCCGCGGCUCUCAUCGAGCCUGGACUUGCUCUCCGAUGCCGCCACACAUCUCGCCUCUUCAUCCGGGAUAACAAAUAUGCCGCCCAUGAUACCCGUUCUUACCCAAACAUCCGCUGCCACCAUGACCCCAGUCAAGGCAUACAACGAAUCCACACCGCCUCCGUAUGGCGACCGCAGACGGGUGUCUGCCCAGGCAGAUGUGCUUCUACAAGCAUACCCUGGCCAGCCCCCUGCCACCUCUUUUGACGACUACCACUUGUUUUUGGACGAGUUCGCGUCUUCGUCACACUUCUUACCACCAUCGCUCGAGGCAGAUCAAUCGUUGGGUUUGUGGUCGCGACCGGCGGCUGAAUUACUCGGACGCGGAGUGGGUAUGACCAAGAUGGCACCCUCAUUCCCUUCAACAAGGUUUCCUUCUGUUCAGCCAGACAUGCGUGAUCUGGCUGCUGAGACUGCUGCUACGCGAGCACAAGAAGAGAUGGCAAUGCGGGCGCCGGCGUGGAGGAUAGCGGGUACUGAUCACACCAUCAUUAAAAACCGCCUCGAAGAAUUCACAUCGGUCCUGCCGGCCGAUUUUGUUUUCCCUUCGCGCCACACUCUGACUAGAUUUCUUGAGGGCUAUGUCAGCGGACUGCACGAGCACAUCCCGUUCCUGCAUCUUCCAACUUUGGUACCGGCUGAGCUCUCACCCGAGUUGAUACUGGCCAUUCUCGCUGUUGGAGCUCAUUACCGUUUCGAGAGUCACCGUGGCAAUGCACUCUGCUCGCCGAAUACGCCUCAGUCUCGUCUUGAGACUAUCCAAGCCCUCCUUCUGUUAUUCUCUGUUGGUAUCUGGGGACCCAAAGCUAUUUUGCACGAGGCGCUAUCCCUACAGAGCACGCUUGCACUUCUUAUGCGGGAUGACGGCUUGACAUCUGAGACGUCGGCACAGGCGGCUGACUGGGAGACAUGGAUCCGGUUUGAAGGCAGCACGCGCACAAAACUGAUCGCGUUUUGUUUUUUCAAUCUCUGCAGCAUUGUUUACAACACGACGCCCAUGCUUCUGACAUCGGAGGUCAACCUGUUUCUGCCACAACCCUCCCGGCUCUGGCGGAUGGAAACACCUUGGCAGUGGCACACCACUCGUCAGGCAUACCCAAACGUGGAAAUAUCGCUUCAGGAUGCGUUUUCUCGCAUCUUGAAUCGAAACUCGCAAACACCCCUCACCCAUGUGUCGUCUCUUGGGAAUUACGUUCUCGUCCACGCCCUCAUUCAGCACAUCUUCCUGCUGAAGCAAACGUCCUUUGCUGUAUCGUCGCACUUUGGUGUUCAUCGCGGACUCAAAUCAGAGGAUGUCGAGGAGGUGGCACACGGCCUGCGCAUGUGGCAGAUAGGGUUUGAACAACACCGUCAGAUGCGCGAUGCCGAAACAGCUCAGCAGCAGCAGCAGCAGCAGGCAAUGGGAAGCCUCGGACUGAUGCCCGGGUUUGACAGUUUUCCUGGCAGCUCGGUGGCUGUAAAUGCGACUGCCCUGCUACGGCUGGCAUACAUCCGUCUAUAUACAGACCUCAACCCUGGACAGAGGCUAGAGAGUCGGGACCCCAUCUUGAUCGCGAACGCAUUCAAUGACGGGUCUCUUCUCGCUCGAAGCCAGCGUACGACACGGGCAGUGGUGCAAGCUAUUCAUGCUUUGGCCAUGCUGGUCAGGGCCGGCGUGAACUACGUGGCACGGACAAAGUCGCUUGAAUGGAGCAUGCAACAUUCUUGUCCCACGGACCCCCCCAUCUCGGCGGAGGAGAGGGCACUUUUGGAUAACAUGCGGCGUCUUCUGGAUGAGACUGAGUUUGCUGUGCCAAUCGAUCCUUCGUUGGUAGGUACGUCGUUGUCGUCUGGACAUGCGUCUGGCGGGCAGCAGAACGGCGUUUCGAGUGACAGUGCCAAGCUGCGGCAGCUUGCUGCGGCCGUUAUUCGCCUCUGGGCCGAGACGUUCAAAGGCGCGCAUAUCUUUGAGGUAGUCAGCAUGAUGGGCUUGGGCCUGGAGAGCUACGCAGAUAUGAUAGAGAAGCAGCGCGAGCACACGCCGCUUUCUCGAAUUUCUACCACAGUUGGUCUUUCUUAG